UAAGGUAUAACAGUGACAGUUGCCAUUAGCUCUUCCUCUUCUUUUGAAGCGAAGAAUAAAAUGUCCAGUAGAAUAAAUCAGAACUGAAUAACCAGAAGCGGAAGAAGUCUGUAACCGGAUAAGAACUGUAGAAGAAGACUAGGACUUCAGUGUAGAGAUGUCAUCUUAGGAGAUGGAGUUCGUAGAGGAACUUCCCUUAAAGUGAGGAACUUGUCAAACAUGAAGGGUUUCUCCAAUCCAGGAUCCUCUGCUGAUAUCUUCUAUAUAAGAGAAUUCUCCUGGAUGACCCAUCAACCAUGGAGAGACAGGAACAAGAUGGCCGACAGGAUCAUAAACCUCACCCUACAGAUACUCUUCUGGCUUACUGGAGAGGAUUACACAGUAGUGAAGAAGUCCUCUAGUGGGUGCUGUCGGGCCCCUGUGUGUGAAGGAUGGGGAAGAACCCUGAGCCAAAUCCCGGGGCCCCCACCUCACUCCCCGUUACAUGAGGAAAUGGAUGAACAGAAGAUCCGAGAACUCAUCAACAAGAUGAUGGAGCUGCUGACUGGAGAGGUUCCUAUAAGGUGUCAGGACGUGGCGGUCUAUUUCUCCAUGGAGGAGUGGGAGUAUGUAGAAGGACACAAGGAUCAGUACAAGGAUCAGGUCAUGAUGGAGGAUCAGCAGCCCCUCACAUCACCAGUCAUAUCCAGUAAGAGAACAGCACCAGAGAGGUGUCCCUGUCCUCUUGAUGAGCACAAUAUGGAGGACAUUACUACAGGGAAAGAUCUGAUCUAUACUAAUGCUACAAACAUAAAGGAAGAAGAGACAGAUGUGAGCGGUGAUGAGCAGUAUAAGGAUGACAUCCCUACAGGUAACCGCCCAGAUUCUUGUAGCAGGAGAUCAGAGGAGAAUCUUAUAUCUUCAGAUUAUAAAGCAGAUGAUGAUAUCACACAAGAUACAUAUGAAGAACAUUCCAUUAUCCCAGAUACACCCUCAGCCCUUCACAGCCAAGAUCUGUCAUCUCAUCCUUAUAUACAGGUCCUGUCUUCUCAUUCAUCACAGGAUGUUCAGCAAAAUAAAAGCCACAGAAGGGGUGUUGGACAUCAAAGAGAUCAUACAGGAAAAAAGCCAUGUUCAUGCUCAGAAUGUGGAAAAUGUUUUACUUCAAAAUCACAUCUAAUAGUGCAUCAGAAAACUCACACAGGAGAGAAGCCAUUUUCAUGUGCAGAAUGUGGAAAAUGUUUUUCUAGAAAAUCAAAACUUUGUUACCAUCAAAGAAUUCACACAGGAGAGAAACCAUUUCCAUGUUCAGAAUGUGGAAAAAGCUUUACUUACAAAUCAGACCUUGUUAAGCAUCUAAGAAUUCACACCGGGGAGAAACCAUUUUCAUGUUCAGAAUGUGGUAAAUGUUUUACUCACAAUUCACAUCUUCUUUCACAUCAAAGAACUCACACAGGGGAGAAGCCAUAUUCAUGUUCUAAAUGUAGAAAAUGUUUUACUCAGAAAUCAGUUCUUGUUAAACAUCAAAUAACUCACUCAGGAGAGAAUCCAUGUUUAUGUUCAGAAUGUGGAAAAUGUUUUACUGAGAAAUCACAACUUGUUAAACAUCAAAUAACUCACACAAGGGGGAAACUAUAUCCUUGUUUAGAAUGUGGAAAAGAUUUUAUUCAAAAAUCGAAUCUUGUUCAACAUCAAAGAACUCACACAGGAGAGAAGCCAUUUUCAUGUGCAGAGUGUGGAAAAUAUUUUCGCGAGAAAGCAUCUCUUGUUAUACAUCAAAGAACUCACACAGGAGAGAAGCCAUUUAUAUGUUCAGAAUGUGGGAAAUGUUUUAAAGAAAAAUCAGUUCUUGUUCAACAUCAAAGAACUCACACAGGGGAGAAGCCAUUUUCAUGUUCAGAAUGUAGAAAAUGUUUUACUUUCCAAUCAAAUCUUGUUCAUCAUCAAAGAACUCACACAGGAGAGAAGCCAUUUUCCUGUGCAGAUUGUGGCAAAUGUUUUACUGAGAAAUCGAAUCUUGUUAAACAUCAAAGAGUUCACACAGGGGUGAAGCCAUUUUCAUGUUCAGAAUGUGGAAAAUGUUUUACCAAAAAUUCAAGUCUUCUUCAUCAUCAUAAAAGAACUCACACUGGGGAGAAGCCAUUUUCAUGUGCAGAAUGUGGGAAAUGUUUUACAGAGAAAUUACAACUUCUUAAACAUCAAAUAACUCACACAAGAGGGAAACUAUAUUCUUGUUUAGAAUGUGGAAAAGAUUUUAUUCAAAAAUCGAAUCUUGUUCAACAUCAAAGAAUUCACACAGGGGAGAAGCCAUUUUCAUGUUCAGAAUGUGGGAAAUGUUUUACUCAGAAAUCAACACUUAUCAAACAUGUAAGAAUUCACACAGGAGAGAAGCCCAUUCAGAGCAAUAAAUGAUGCAGAUAACACAUCUAUAUAUUAACCAUGUACAUAGGAUAUCUGACAUUUAUACAUAUAUCAUAUACUGCAUCUCCAAACUUGUUCCCAAUUGUUAAUAAAAGUUUUCUUUUAGAACGUAGUCACCGAUCCAGCGAUGUCAUCACUAUAGUUUACAUGGUAGGAAAAGAGUGUGAUAUCUGGUUGUGAUAUUCACUGCUCCUCAUGGAGAAGACCCAACAGGCAUAAUCCAUGGGGAGCUGCUACUGGAGACCCAAACACCUCACAGAGAAGUUCCUCGGGGGCGGAGCUUGAGCUCUUGCAGGAAGGCGGCUUCUGAACUGAGCUUCUUCCUGAUCCACUUAUAAAGUGACUAUAAUGCAACUUCCUCAGCUGGAAUUCAAACACUAACAGGUUGUUAGCAUACAUUUUGAUCAAAAAGUACAAGCCCACUUGCCACAUCAAGGCCACCUAGUCAGCGUGGGUCCAUAACCCGACAUUGGUGUAGCGCCGGGCGGUGGACACUGCCUCCGAGACACCAUGUCCACAGGGGGGUGCAACCCAGUGGCCAGGCAGCCCCACUGCUGCCCGACCAAGUCCCUGGCUCCAGGCCACACCACCCCAUGGACAAAGCAUCACAGUAACAAUGGCCGCCACAGAGCACCACACCAGUGUGAGUACCUACCAUGUGCUCCCUGCCAGAGGGCUGGGAGAAUUCUAGGAGGAAACCCUUAUGCAGUCUUCUGCUAACACAACUACAGUUUUACAACUGUACUUUACUGUUCCUUAGGCCGGUGAUGGGACUGGUGAAGUUUUUCUCUGUGUCAUAGAGAAGGUGAAAGAUCUUCUCGAUCUAUUAAGGAAAUAAAUUGCCACUGUAUUUCACUAUAUUGAGCCAUUUUACUUUUUUAUAUAUCUGCAUUAUAAAACUUUAUACCUCUGAAUAAGUCCUACAUUUACCAAGUAACAAUAGUAUUAGGAGGAAAGGAAAUAUUACCACCAUACUGAUACUGACCAAAGUGGGUAUUUAUACUUAC